AUGAUACAAAGAAGGCUACAGUUUAUAAGGAAAUUUAAUUCAAGAACUUGUCUAAAUCAAAAAUUCAUAUCACCAAAUGAACUUAUAAAUCAACAACAACAAAAACGUAUAGAACAAGAACAAUUUCAAAAAAAUUUACAAUCAAAUCAAAUAACAUACAAACCAAAAAUUUUAAGUUCACAUAAAUUAGCUAGUGAAGGUGAAAAACGUCCAAUACCAAUAAAUGUUGAAUUAUUACAAUAUAAACCUUUGAGAUUACCACAAACACAUGGAAAUGAAGUUGCAACAAUUAACUUCAGAGGAUAUAAUGAAGAUGAAAUUAUAAGAAUGGGAGAAUUUGCAUUAAGAUCAGGAUAUUACUUAGGUAUACCAUUAUCACCACUAACAUCCCAAAAAACUGAAAAAAGAUUAUAUACUGUUAUUAAAUCACCUUUUGCACAAGCUAAAACAAAACAAAAUUUUCAUAGAAUUACUUAUAAUAAACAAAUAGUUGCAUAUGAUUCUAACCCCGAGGUGAUUGAUUUAUGGUUAAGUUAUAUUAAUAAAUAUAAAUUAUCUACUGUUGAAAUGAAUUGUUCAAUUAUAACAAAUGAAAAAUUAAAUUAUGUUGAUGACUUAUUGAAAACAGAGGAUUUUGAUUUACCAAAAGCUUAUGAAGAUUUAGAAGAUCCUGUUGCUUUAAAAGUUAAAGAAUUAUUACAAUCAAAGGAUUUUAAAAAACAUUUGUAA